AUGAUCUUAACCAGCUUCACUUUAAUGAGAUUUUCGAGUUUUAUCAUGUAUUCUGGCUUUGGGUUUUUCUUCGAAGAACCGCAAAUCUUCUACUGUAGCAGGAGUAAAACUUACUCAGAAGCAGCAGUGUGGGAAUUAUGCGAGCUAAAGGAGAUUUGCAAACUAUCACCUGAAUAAUACUUGAUACCAAGGCUCUCUUCUAAUAUCAGAAAUUGGUAUAUUCAGCUGGGGUUAAAUUGUCACAACGAUGUAUUCUAUAUUGGCAUAAGUGCAUCUUUAUUUCUUGGUGGCAUGCUGCUUGAAUAAAUGUAUCUAAGAUCCAAUUCUGAAGGGUUUAAUCGAAGGUUAUAUCUUAUUCUAACAAAUUUUGUGCUAACUUUGAUCUAUGGAGUAUUGAUGAACACGGAGAGUAAAUUUAUCUUUCUAGGGUGUAUGUUUUUAAUGGGCUUAAUGUACUCUGCCUAAGAACAUAUGGGCUAGCAUCUAAUCAAUGAUUAGAUACAAAAUAAGAACCUCUAAGCAUUCUGGCUAUUGAAUAAAUUUUUAAGAUGUCUCGCUCCAAUGCUGAUAGUAUUUGUAUUCAAGCUAUAAGAUACUGCUCUUGUUGAAAUUAUCUACUCACUCUUACUAGUUCAAUUAAUAUGCUUAGUCCUAAACAUAGCAUUACCAGAGGAUGAUGGCGCUGGCUAUUCUAUGCUUGAUGAUCCAAGUCCUAAGAAACUCAAAGCAAGUAUUGAUGAUGAAUAGAUGAAGUUUUUCAAAGCCUAGCAUAAAAACUUUAAAAAGAUGGUUAAAAAGAUAAAUGCUGCGAGUGAUAACAAUUCUAUCAAGGAGUUAGUAUUUAUAGUCAUCAUGAUUUCCAGUGUGCACAUGUGCAAUACAUCCCUCAAUUUUGGAAUGAAUAACGUUAUAGGGUCAUUGUAUCUUAAUACGUUUACACUUUCAUUGGCAGACAUUAUUGCUCUUGUUUGGAGUUAAGUAGAUGUGGGUAUUUAAAAAGUGAGAUUUAUAUAUAUGGUUUCAACUUUAUUAUCAAUGGUAACCAUGAUUAUAAUGGCAAUCAUAAUUUGUUUACCUAAAAUAAUGGCUUAGAGCCAUUUAGAUUAGAAUGAUUAUAUAAUUGCAAUCCUAAUUCUGCAUUUGAAGUUGGCUUUGAGCAUUAAGCUAAACUGGAUAGAGGAUUAAUCAGAAAAAUUCUAUGAUAAAAAAGGCCUUUACUUUGAUGCACACAGUGUAGCUGAUAAUGUAUAAAGGUUUGCCUGCCUUGUUAUACCUAUUAUAUCAUAGUUAAAGUAUAGAAUGACAGUUCCAUUCCUAAUGAUCAGUAUAAAUUUAUUCAGCUUUUGCCUCUCGCUUUUCAACUACUAUUAAUCAACUCAAUAAUGA